GGUCUCUCUCACAACGAGCAGAAGGUCCCUUAUCCGUGCAGUUGUCCUGGACUGGACCGACCGGGGGAACGUUCUGUCGUUUCCGAUUGCCAUGGCCUGUCGCCGACUGGCUCCUCUGUUGUCUCCCCGCGCGCCUCGUCAGCAGAUUCAUGAAGCCUCGAGCAUUGCCCGCUUCCGGUUCGGAGAAGGAUUGAGGAUUGAGCGGAGCAUAAGAUUUGGGAACUGAUGAAGUGCUCCGCUCUGAAUCCAUCAUGCUCGGUCGCUCGCCUGAUUUGUGUCAGCGAAGUUCGAACGGAUCAUCGGGUGAGGAGGAAUUCCAUAUCUUUCGGCGCUCUCUCGCCGCACGCGAAGCGUGUUUCGAGAGCUGUCGAUGAUGACUAUGGCCUCGGGCUUUGUCGUCGCCUGCAUCCGUCGGGCUGGUGGUUUCCGGGAUCUUCCGAUGGAGAAUCCUCCCGCCCUGGGGCCAGACUCGUGACGGGUGCGAGCAAAAGCAGGGGCAGAAAUUGGCAAGAGUAUGACGAGGCGGUCCAGAACAUGGAUCUCGGCGCAGCGCUUGAGAUUUUGAAUGUUCUGAACACUCCAGAGACUGAUGCAUCUCGUACUUCCAGCCUCGAGUCGGAUGCGCCGUCCUGGAUUGUGAAUGAAUCCCAAUCGGACAAUAACUUGACCUUAAAUUCUGAUCCAAAUGGUCAGCAGUCUCGAGAUUUUUUCAAGAUACUGGAUGCCGCACAAUUGACCCUGGACUUAGGUCUGGUCGGGCGAGCAUAUGAUUAUCUUCGAGUCAGGGGAUUCGUGAACAGUUUUGGAAAAUUCAAGUCUCGAGCUUCUGAAGGAGAGAGGGUGGUGACACCAGCCAUGAUGCUCGAAACUGCAGGCCUUGAUGCAUCCAAGCUCUCGCCUAAGAAGUGGGGCUUGUCAGGAAACUCAGCCAUCAUUCUGCCAGCUUCUUUCGCCUUUCUUUCUUUCCUCGUCAACAAUGAGAUUGAUGUAAGACCCUACUUGCUUCUGAUCCUGGGGCUUGGAGUUGCUGAUGGAAUUUACUUGGGAGGGACGGGUACUGCACAAGUUCUCAGCUUAUGGCCACCUUACAAACGACGAGUGUUAGUGCACGAAGCUGGCCAUGUGCUUGUAGCUUAUUUGCUGGGGUGCCCUGUUCGUGGAGUCAUUCUUGAUGCAAUGCAGGCUAUGAAGAUGGGAAUUCAAGGCCAGGCAGGGACUCAAUUUUGGGACGAAACAUUGGAGAACGAGUUACGGCAAGAUAAGCUGACAGGGGCAUCUGUAGAUCGGUACAGCAUCGUUCUGUUUGCUGGAAUAGCAGCAGAGGCAUUAGUGUACGGAGAAGCGGAAGGUGGUGAAAGUGAUGAAAACUUAUUCAAAUCCGUUGUAUCUCAGUUGCAACCGCCCUGGAGUCCUGCAAAGAUGUCGAACCAGGCUCGUUGGGCAGUUUUGAGAGCAUUUACUCUGAUCAAGGAGAAUAGGAAUGCGCAUACGGCAAUCGUGGAAGCUUUGGAGCGAGGGGCAGGUUUGGGAUCCUUGAUCAAGACCAUAGAGGACGCAAUGGCCUGAUCCCUUCCAUGCCUACAGCAGCAGCUGACUGGGUUGCACUCAAGGCCUGUGCUGGGUGGGAUAGCCAGAGUGGACGGGAGGCGUCGACUUAAACACCUUUACCCUGUCGUCCUGCACCUCCAUAAUCAUCUUUGAUGAGGCGCAAGCAUGUAGAGCGAGCUGAUUCAGGGGAUUCAGGGUCCUGGGAUGUAAAUCCUCGUGCUUUGAACUAGAGAUACCUGUACUGCACUAGCUGCAAACUUCAUUGCAGGAUUCUGGGAUCUUGAUCUGCUGCUGACAGGUGGAUGCUGUGAUCAAAUGGCGAAGAGUGGAAAGUUUUUCACCCAGGUCCCAAAAAUAUAUCCGACUUGUUGUUACCAGCCCAAACGACAGAGUCAGUCGUCAACUAUUGAUCAGACGGAAAGUAGCUCCCUUUCUCAGCUUUGAGCUGCAUUUACAGUACGUAGUUCUCUUGAGGCAAGCACUAAGCGGCAGAUUCGCCUAGUACCUUUGUAAAGUAUACACGCCAUGUACAAUAACAUCAAAGUGUAGAGCUAAUCAAUUUUUAUGCGCUCGGAGGUUUGUGCUCUUUGUUUCAAACACUCAGUCUACAAUCUUCAAACUCGUGUGAUGGCUCCUUGUUUUGAUGAUCACACAAGCUGAGAAGGAAACGCAAAUAAGAACGCGUGAAUACUCAGAUUCCAUCUAAAUGCCACAAGUAGUGAAGAACAAGGGAUGGCAUAAUAAACUUCUCGAUGCUGUGGAGGGCAACAUCAAGACCUGACCGCUAAGACGAGUAUGAUCCUGAUUGGUCGUGGGAUAAUUCCCACCUAAUUGAUCUGAACUCGAGUAGUGUUUUAAGGAAAUCAUUAUUGAAAAUUGCUCGUUGUGAAACUUACACAAGUUGAUAGCUGUACAACGCCUAUUCCCCUUCUUCAGGAUCUAUAAUGUCCGCUGUUGAAUAUUUGAUAGAGAUAUUCUCGGCUGUACAUCGGCGACUUGUAAUUAA